AUGGACGCUACAUCCAUCAUUACGCAGGUGUCGCGGGAUGACGAACAGCAACUGAACAGCAGCUAUCCCAACGAGAAAGUCAACAAUGUAGAUAGGCUAAAACCGCCGAAUCGUGGUUUCCUGGAGACGCUCUUUUGCUGUUGGCGGAAUGGGCGAACGAAAAGCAAUCAGAGCGGGACGCCGAUCGAUGGUUCCAUCACACCGCCUCCGAUUCAGGGCCAGCCCCGGUAUCUGCUGCCACAAGUUCGACCUUCCGAUACGUACAAGAAGUGCAUGGUGAUAGACUUAGACGAAACCCUAGUUCAUAGCAGUUUUAAGCCAAUUCCAAACGCGGAUUUCAUAGUGCCAGUGGAAAUUGACGGAACCGUACAUCAGGUGUAUGUCCUGAAGCGACCGCACGUCGACGAGUUCCUGAAGAAAAUGGGCGAGCUGUACGAGUGCGUCCUGUUUACGGCCUCACUGGCCAAGUACGCCGAUCCAGUGGCCGAUCUACUCGAUAAGUGGAACGUGUUUCGGGCGCGGUUAUUUAGGGAAUCGUGCGUCUUCCACAUGGGCAACUAUGUGAAGGAUCUGAACAAGCUCGGGAGAGAUUUACAGAAGAUUGUUAUUGUUGACAACUCACCUGCUAGUUACAUAUUUCAUCCGGAUAAUGCUGUGCCAGUGAAGUCAUGGUUUGACGAUAUCAACGAUUCUGAGCUGCUAGACUUGAUACCGUUGUUCGAGAAGCUGAGCAAGGUGGACUCUGUAUAUAGCGUACUAUGCAACUCCAGCUCACAGUCCCAGCUGCCGACGUCUAUGUCGCACCACAAUCAACAGGACCUGCAGACGCAGCAGUCGCAGCAACAGCUUCAGCAGCAGUCGAAUUCGUCCGACGCGAACAACACGUAA